UUUUGGUUAGUACCUUUCUCUAUAAGAAUGGGUGUGUUAGAGAGCUAGUGCCAUAGUGUACCAUUCUCUUGAUAGCAUUUGGAAAGACUUUCCCUCUCUCCUUACCAAUGGAGAAGUUUAAUCUUGCUAAAGUCUUAUUGUUGCUUCUCCAACUUGGAACUUUGUUCAUUGCCCAUGCAUGUCCUUAUUGCCCUUAUCCUCCUUCCACCCCAAAACACCCAAAAUUACCUCCUAAGGUAAAACCCCCUUCUAAACAACCUCCACAUGCAAAGCCACCUUCUACCCCUAAAAACCCUCCAUAUGUAAAACCACCUUCUACCCCCAAACAUCCUCCACAUGUGAAACCACCUUCUACCCCUACACACCCUAAAGAACCUCCACAUGUGAAACCACCGUCUACCCCUAAGCACCCUAAAUACCCUCCACAUGUGAAACCACCUUCUACCCCUAAGCACCCUAAAUACCCUCCACAUGUAAAACCACCAUCACCAACACCACCUAUUGUCCAUCCACCAGUCACUCCCAAACCACCAUCACCGACACCCCCUAUUGUUUAUCCUCCAAAACCACCAUCACCAACACCACCUAUUGUCCAUCCACCAGUUACUCCCAAACCACCAUCACCGACACCCCCUAUUGUUUAUCCUCCAAAACCACCAACACCAACACCACCUAUUGUGCCACCUCCAGUCACUCCAACACCACCUAUUGUCUCUCCACCUUUUUUCCCCAGUCCUCCCGUGGUAACACCGCCACCCUACGUGCCAAGUCCUCCGGUUGUUACUCCACCCAUAGUUCCAACACCCCCUACACCAUGCCCGCCGCCACCACCAAAAAUAGUACCAUCACCACCUGCACAACCAACUUGUCCCAUUGAUGCUCUCAAGCUAGGUGCUUGUGUGGACAUAUUAGGAGGACUAAUCCACAUUGGAAUCGGUGGCAGUGCUAAGCAAACAUGUUGUCCACUUCUUCAGGGACUUGUAGACUUGGAUGCAGCCAUUUGUCUUUGCACAACCAUUAAGCUCAAGCUCUUAAACAUAAACAUCAUUCUUCCCAUUGCCCUUCAAGUUCUUGUUGAUGACUGUGGCAAGUAUCCACCUAAAGACUUCAAGUGUCCAUCAUCCUAAAUCAAGGACAUGAAACAGGAUAUUAGAUUGAUUCUGCCGUAUUGUCAUAGUUGAAGGCACAUUAAGAUUGUGAAAGUGCAAUUUCCAUUUGUCAUGGCAAUAAAUUGAGAAAAAAAGGAGAGAUAAUUAAGCUUUAAUUUGACGUGUAUACUUAGUUUUCCAGUAACGUACUGAAUGUUGUAUUCUCAUUACUGUUUCAGGGAAAUACUUUUAAUUAAUGGUGCUUUAUAUAGUGAAGUACUGUUGAUUUCAAUUGGGAAUAUUUAUCAAGCAUGAACAUGAAUGAAUAAGGAAAGAGUCACUUA